UUCAAUCUUCAAUGCUGCAGCUGCACGUGGGUUUUGUUUGUCAUAACCUAAAAAAAUUGACAUAUUUGUAAUACAUUUAGUAAAUUUGAGUAAAUUAUUAAAAAGAACGUAGAGAAAAAAAGCAAAGAAAAAUGGGUCGUAGAAAGGGGCGUUGUGUAAAGCGAAAUAAACAAUUGGACGUGCAAGAAAAAGAAGAACUUGUUCGAGCUCCUCACUCAUUUGUUAUUCAUCGUGGUUUACCUGGUGAACAUAUAGUUGAGUUAACUCGAGAUUUUCGUCGAGUUAUGGAGCCAUUUACCGCCAGUGAAUUGAAAGAACGUAAACGAAACACUAUUAAAGAUUUCGUGUCAGUCGCCGGUGUUCUUCACGUUUCGCACAUGGCUAUUUUCACGAGGACCGAAAAUGGAAUGUACUUCAAAUUGUGCAGAGUUCCAAGAGGUCCAACUUUAACGUUUAAAUUACACAAUUUCUCUCUUUCUCGAGAUGUAGUGUCAAUGGCCAAAAAGCAAUUAGUGUUUGAAGAAGCCUUUAAAACUUCUCCGCUGAUUGUUUUAAACAAUUUUAGCGGCGAAGGUAUGCAAUUGAAAUUAAUGGCCUCCAUGUUCCAAAAUAUGUUUCCAUCCAUUAAUUUAACAACCGUGAAUUUAAGUACAAUUCGCCGUUGCGUUUGUCUGAAUUACAAUUCAACAACGAAUAUGAUUGAUUUUCGACAUUAUGCUAUUAAAGUAGCACCAGUUGGUCUCUCAAGAAGUGUGAAAAAAUUGGUGCAAGCAAAAAUACCGAAUCUCGCAAAAUGUCAAGAUUUUUCGGAAUUCAUCUCAAAGGCAGCACUCUCCGAAAGUGAGGCUGAGGACGAUCCUGCGGCUCACGUGACAUUGCCUCAAAAACUCUCGUCCCGUGGUAAUCAUGAGAGUGGUAAAAGCGCAAUUAGACUUUUUGAACUUGGCCCAAGACUCACAUUGCAGUUAAUAAAAGUGGAAAACGGUCUCUUGGAAGGUGAAGUUCUCUAUCACGAUUUGAUCGUCAAAACGGAAGAGGAAAAACUGCUUAUUGCGAAGAGGCGCGAGAAGAAAAAGAAAUUAAAGGUAAAUCGGAAGAAAACACAAGAGGAGAACAUAAGACGAAAGGAAGUUAAGAAGGAAGAAGCGAAAGAAAAGUCUCUUAAAGGAAUAAAAAAGAAACAAAGCGAGAGAGAUAUUUUAAUAAAGAAAAUUGCCAAGGAAUCGGCUGAAUUACAUAAAAAUGAGGAAGAUGAUGACGCUCAAUAUUAUCGCGAUGAAGUCGGCGAGGAACCUGACAAAGAUCUCUUUGAUGGGAAUUCUAAGAAAAGAAAAGCUCAAUCAGUCACGCCUAGAUAUAAAUUCAAAAAGGCAAAAACUAAUUAAUUAGUUAAUUGCUACAAUUAGAAUGAAGUCAAUUGGUAAAAUUGAAAUAAGGCUAAUUAUCAAUUUUUAAUUGAUCACUAAAAAAAAUCAAGUGUUUGUCAACAUUUUUAAGUGAAGGCAGAUAGAGGGCAAAGGAUUAAAGAAAAAUGUGUAAUUUGAAAAAUUAUGAAAAUAUCUUUAUUAAACAUCGUUUUACGAUGUUUUUUAAAAUUUUUUUUCCACAAUUAUAAUAUUAUAUGUAUAUAUACAAAAUGUGCUUUUUAACUUUAAUUAUAUCAAUAAAUUAAGAAAUUGUAAAUUUAA